AUGUCAGAAAGAAAGGGUAUAAAUAAAUACUAUCCUCCGGAUUGGGACCCUUCUAAGGUCCCGAAGAAGAAGAAGCCUGCGAAUCAGGUUACUAAGGUUCGUCUUAUGGCUCCAUAUUCGAUGAGAUGCACGAAAUGUAACGAAUAUAUAUCAGAAAGGCGUAAGUUUAAUGCUAAAAAGGAAGUUACUAAUGAAAAAUAUAUGAGUUUCAAGAUUAUAAGAUUCCACAUAACAUGUCCUAAAUGUAAUAAUAAUAUAACGUAUAAAACUAGCCCUCAGACUGCUGGUUAUGUUCCAGAUACUGGGGCUGUAAGGAACUACGAACCAGAAUCUAAUACUAAUGUCAACAAAACAAAAGUAGAGACAGAGGAAGAGAUAUUAGAACGGUUAGAAAAGGAAGAAAAGGAGAAUAAGUCUUUUCAGUUAUUGAAAGAAAAGCGGAAGAAAAAUCCAUUUUGGCAACAAAAUGAAAGUUUGAAAGACCAGAAAGGAGAUCUAAUGGAAAAUCUUGAAAAAAGAUUGCAGGACCAGCAAAGACAACAAGAAAUGACUGAGCAUUUAGAAUAUCUUCAGGCGAAAAGCUCUCUGUUACAAGCGAAAGGUGGUAGAGAUCGAGCGUUAAAUGAAGCUAAAGAUAAGUUGGGGGAGGAAAUUGAACUGAUGAAAUCACUACGUGAAGACUUAGCAAGUAAAGAAGACGAAGAACUAACCAAAGAUAAGUUUAAAAAGUUUAGACUGAACGACCUGAUCGAUCUGAAUAGUCUGAAUAAACCUGUGGCCAUAGAAGAUCCAUCGUCUCUAAAGAGAUCAUAUGAAAAUGCAUUACAAGAUAACCAAACAAAUUCGACUACCAAAAAGCAAUCGAAAACUAUAGUUUUAAAGAAGAAGCAGCCAUUGACAAAUCCCAAAUCAGAUGUGCCUAGUAUGGAAUCUAGGUCUAACAAUAUCGAGUCACUAUCAGGUGCACUUGGUGAUUAUUCUUCUUCAGAUGAGGAAUAA